AUGGACUGGGAUACCUUUGCUCUCAUCCUUCGCAACCACUACGCACCAGCAGUACCAACUCUCAUCGGAAGGCACGAGUUUUAUCAGAGGGACCAACGCAAAGGUGAGAGUGUUGGGGAUUUUGUAGCUGACCUAAGGAAUUUAGGCAGGUUGUGUGGUUUCACUAAUCUCGAAGAAGCCAUGAGGGAUCGAGUUGUCCUGGGACUAAGAGACCCCACAGUCCAAAGUAAAAUCAUGGCAAAAGGAGACAUCACCCUCGCAGACUCUAUAGCUGACGCCACCGCAGCCGAAGCCACUCGCAAAUCAGCAGCUUGGAUGCGCCGGGCCAAUGGGGCAAACCGCCAGCCCACCAACGAAAAAGCUACGCCAACAGAGAAAUACACAUCAGCCACCCACCAUGAAGACAUCGAAUUGAAACUCUUCCCUCACCUCCACUCACAGCGCAAGACAUCGCAUUGGACACCAAAAAAGACAUGCUUGGCACGAGUUCUUGGCUGGGUGGAGAGGGGAUGGCCACAAAUCGAACUCAACGAAAUCUUUAAACCCUUUAAGAACAGACAAACAGAGCUCUUCUCACAAAAGGGGUGCAUAUUGUGGGGAGACCGAGUGAUCAUACCAGCAAAACUACAAAAAAAAGUUCUACAAUUGCUGCACAAUGGACACCCGGGCAUCGUGCGCAUGAAAGCGCUGGCAAGGAGCUACGCCUGGUGGCCAGGCAUGGACAAACAAAUUGAAGCCUGGGUCGCCACCUGUAGCAAAUGCCAAGAGACACACUCAGCCCCGCCAAGAGCCUCGCCAACCGAAUGGGAAACGCCCAGAGGCCCCUGGUCGCGCAUCCAUAUCAAUUUUGCUGGACCUACAAAAGGACACACCUUCCUGAUAACAGUAGACGCAUACUCCAAUUUGCUCGAGGUAAAUAAAAUGAAGACCACCACUACUGAGGCAGUCAUCAAAAAAUUAAACAGACUUUUUGCAAAGCAUGGGCUACCAGAUGUCCUGGUCUCCGACAAUGGCCCUCAAUUUACCGCCUUAGCCUUUGAACAAUACUUAGCAGACCGUGGCAUACGACACACACUGACAUCGCCAGUGCACCCAGUGGCAAAUGGUAGAGCUGAACGAAUGGUUCAGUUCACAAAAAAGACAUUACAA